CGGUUAGAAAGCCUUCGAGCCGAGGUCGCGCGCGGUGCCUCGCCUGCAUGCCACCGUCCGGGUGUCAGUCCGCCUGCCGAGAGCGCGGUGUUGCUGCACCGCGAGGUCCACGAGUGCGUACGGGCGUCCGAAGCGUGCUGACGGUGCCGCGAGUCUGACCGAGCGGUACCACACGGGCCAGCGGCGGUACCAGUCGCGCGUCCGCCGCCGCGGCUCGUUCAAUUCGCCGUGUGUUCGUUUCCGCGAGUGCUUAACGCCUACCGAUCGUGCUCGACCGUGCCCGCAGGUGAUUCAUCAUCCGUCAUUGACGGUCGAGAUUAGUUCCUCGAAGAGGCGUGCGCUUAAAUACACCGCGGCGGAAGUUUCUCGCGCCCGAAGGAGAAUAGACCAGCGAGUGGAGGUCACGCAUUGGGAAGAAACGACGACGUAUCACACAUCAGCGCGUUCUUUUUGCCUCUCAGUGCCGGACCUUGCGGGGCCGCACCGAACCGAACCGACCGACCGACCGACCGGCCGCGGGGCUCUGUCGACUUCUUUUUCACAUUCGAGGAUCCAAGCGAGGAUGCGAUCGGUAUAGCCGACCAUAGGAGACACGCCGGUUGCGGCAGGUCACGAGGAGAGAACGGGUUCUGAAAAUGGCCUACAUUAUCCGGUCUUAUUGGUGAGAGGAACCACUGCCUACCCGUCGUACAAGUGACUUUACUAGAAAAGGAUCGAACAAGCUGAAAGCUGAAUAAAAAGAAAAUGGGACAAGCAUGGUGCAAAGAGAGGACCUCCAAGGCCCAGGACUCCAAGUCCCCGUUGGACCGGGUUUUCGUACGAUGCGCACAUCGGAUUUAUCCAGGUUUAAAGGAGGAAGGCUCGGUCUUGGGAGGCGCCACACAGAGAGUUACGAGCUCCGAAAUAGGAUACGCCGGCUCACCGCCGAGAGAGCUGCUCACAAGGGGACGGAGCAUAGACUCCGUGGACAGGCCUUUUCAUCCCAGCGACUGGGUGGACGUUAAUCUAGAAGUGCCCAGCCCGCCGAGAGCAAGCUCGGUUCUCACGAAUUCAACCGUCAACACUAGUCUGCACCCGGCUACUACACCUACGUCCAGCUGUUCCAAUCCAAAGGGCGUCACUCCCGUGCCACCUCCGAGACGAAGAAAAAGAAACAGGGGCAGACCAUUGCCACCGAAACCGGAUGAGAUUCCUGAGAGCGCAACCAACAAUUUAAGACACGGCGAUACGAGCGAGGAACCGUUAUAUUUGUCGGUCAAGUCAUUAAAAACGAGUCGUGAUGAUCAGGACGGUAACGUCGAGAUGCGGGGAACGGAGAGGGAAGAUCCGAAGCCCGAAGGGCGGAGAACGAAGGAGAUUUUCGAGCACAAGGUUAACGGCACUGGAAGGAUAAUAUCCAGCGACGUGGUUUCCGGUAAGAGAACAUUCGUCGACAAGAAAACUUCGAGGACUUCGGAAUCGAGCCAUCAUCACAGGAAAGUUCUCGAGAACGAGGAAUACGAGAGGUUCACCCAGAGUCAGUCGAUCAAGGACUCUUCGACUCCUAAUCGCCAGGACAGACGGAAGUCGAAGGAGCUCGAGAAGCGGAUCAGGGAUUCCUCGAGGGACGACGAUAGACCGGAAGUAAAUACAAGGACGAAGAACUACAGCACGGUUAGCUUGCCGAAUUACGAUGAGUUGGACGUGGCUAGGCAUUCUGCAAAAGGCACGGCGAAGAACGAGAGAGGCGCAGGGGAGAAAAUGAAGCCGAAGAGACCCGUCAGAAGCAGCACCGGUUCGCUUCCGGUCGAAUCUUUCCUGUCGCCCUUCUCCGAGAAAACUAGCGUACGUCUCGAGGACUACAUCCCGCGACGCGGUAGCAUCGAGCACCUGUCGCCGUAUCAGGUAUUGGGGAAGCUGGGCUCCAGCGAGAACGAGGUCACUGGCGGCGGAUUCAUGAAGUACGAUCCGAGUAAAUUGGAGGAUUGGGACCUCAGCGACAUCAGUAAUUGCAACUCGAAUCGGCGUCUCUCCGCCGAGAAUUUGUCGCGAAAUGGAACUCAUAACGCGGAAAGAGAACUUUCUAAGGGUUUAGAUGUUGUCGACUACUCGCAAAACGCCGAGACCGGAGAAGCUGAGACGACUGAAGUUGAAAUCUCAUGCGUCCGUCGAGACAUAAGUUCAUCGUUGGAAAAACCUGAAUUUUUCGGCAAGGCAGCAUCGCCGAUGCUUGAUUUCGAUAAAGAAUCGAAGUAUUCUGACCUUGCAGAUCAAAACAGAUCACUAAGAUAUUUUGAUCCUCCUAAAAUGUCGGAGAUCUGUCAAGUAUCGCCGACUUGUGAAUUAGCGACGUCGCCAGUGCGUAGAGAGCCAUUCUUUUUGAACGAAGAACUUCAACGCUCGGCUUUGGAUACGAUCGGAGGGUCCUGCAGGAACGGCGCCGUCGUCCGGGAAUCCGAUCGAUCCGACCAAUCGAGGCUGAUCUUCGGUCGUAGUUUAUCGAACGAGAGCGAACCCUAUGACGAUCCGUACGAGUCGAAAGACUUGCAUGCACAUUUGGACGUAACGAACAAGUUAAUUAGAACGAUAUCAGAGGAGUCGCUGCCGCGGGAGAUGUUGGAGGGAGCGGAUGAGGAGAUCGACUUCUUCGACGAGAAGCUGGCUAAAGAUACGACGAAUAAAUUGAAAAAGAAUUGCCAGGAUCAGCAGGUAAGAACGCCGCCGCCGAGCCCGGAGCCGAAGAUCAAAGCUCAGAUCGUGGACAACGAUCAUUCGACCUUGCUGAAGGUUCUGAAUGACGAAGCGGCCGACGAAAGCAAUCUCAGCUCGAUGACGCCGAGUCUCACCGAGCUGGAGGUAGCGCUUUCGGAUAUGUUGGAGAAGGAGGAUCAGCCCGAAGAAACUACGAAACAAGAGAAAUCAGAUGGAGACUGCAAACAGAAUCCUAGCGAAAAGCUUCUCGAACCGAAUAUCGUACCCGUUGAAAAGCACAGCGCGAUCGACAGAAGCGCGACAGAUCGACAUCGCUCAGCGAACGAUGACAUUCUAGUCGAUAGAGCGCCUGAACACAAGACACAUCAGUUGUCCGUAUCUUUGGAGCAGAUUCUGAGCAACUCGGAGCCGAUACCGAAGCAAAGAAAAGUGUCCUUUUGCGCUUGGGAAGAAAAGGUCAUGACGGAUGUCGAUUUGAAAAACGAAGAAUCCGAAGCGCCUGAAAGUACAAGCAAGCUGACAAGUCCUGAUUCCAAAGAUUCCAUCAUCAAGUCAGAAUUAGAAUCAAGCUCUGACUUUCUUGAGAACAUUAUAACUAGUAUAAAAGAUACAAAGCUCAUCGAAGAAGCGACCGAGGAAGCUAGCAAGCUGUUUCAAAAUUUAGAAGACAUAGCGGUGGAUUUGGGACAAAUUCCAACGCCCCCGCGAAGAAAGAAUAAGAGUUUAGGUGCUACAAAGGAGUCAGUCAGAACUAUAGAGAAUUAUCCCGAAGAUCCCGAUCCUCGUCCCAACGACAGACUCAUUUAAUAAUUUUAGUUUGCGCGAUCUCGUAAUUAUUCUGCUAUUAUGUGAUCAUAUAGCGAUAUAACGUAAUCUUCAAAAUGUUUUGUGCCACACAAAUCGUUUAAUAUGUUUAAUCCAUUAAUUCGUAAUCAUGUAUUUUAUAGAUUUAUAAUUAUCGGCAUGUAAU